CUUGCUAGAACGAGUCUCUACCGAAUGUGAACUCCGACGGCUUUCUCUCGAUUGCUGCGGCGAUUCAAAAAGGCGGGGCAUUCCAGGGCAAGCGGGGCGCCUGAUUGAUGUCACCAGGGCCGGCUUCCUUUCACUGCCACGAGCCAGCACACCUCAGCGAGGGAGCGCAACAAGAUGCCGUUCCUUGCGAUCAGAUCAACGCCAUCUAUCUUCUGAAGCAUCUCUUUGAGGAAGGUCACCGGCAGGGCGGGACAGGGGUCUGAAAGAUAAUCGCAACCCCCGGCCAACGUUUUUUAUUCCUGGACCCGACCGCUGGGCACGCUAGCCAUCUCACACCUUUUUAGUCAACAGCGAGGGGCGGCGAAUUCUCGCCCAGUCUGAUCACGCAAAGACCAGACGUCUCGGUCUGACCUGCGCCAUCGCAAAACACAUCCCAUCUUUUUGUUGUUUUCUCUUUUCAUCCCACUGUUGUUGGCAUAACACAUCGAGCGCGAGAUACAUCACCAACCCCGACUCAAUUUUUGGAGGAAUUCUUUCGGAACGACAUUCAAGAUGGGGUGGUCGAAGUCGACGCGCAUCAAGGUGAUGCUCGUCAUCGACGUCAUGUUCUUCAUCCUGGAGCUCACUGUCGGCUUCAUGGUUGGGUCACUGGCGCUGAUGGCGGAUGCCUUUCAUAUGUUAAACGAUAUCAUCUCACUGCUCGUCGGUCUAUGGGCCGUCUCUGUAGCGGCAAAGGCAACCACCAACAGAUUCUCAUACGGAUGGGUUCGUGCCGAAAUUCUGGGUGCGUUCUUCAACGCUGUCUUCCUCAUCGCCCUUUGCGUUUCUAUCGUACUCGAAGCCAUUUCACGACUCGUUGAUCCACCUGAUAUCGAAAACCCUCAACUCAUCCUUGUUGUGGGCUGCAUGGGAUUGGCGUCAAACUUGGUUGGCUUUGUCGUUCUUGGUGGACACGGACAUUCGCAUGGGCCUGGGGAUCACGACCAUGACCACGCCCACGACCAUGGCGACGGACACUCGCAUACACACGAAGCAGAUGUUAGCACGGCAGAGGAGGGACGCGCCGGCUACCGGGACCUGGCAUCGCCCAUCAACGAGCAGCCUCCUGCUUUGAUCCCUGAAUCUCCGGGUGGAAACAUUCGAUUUUCAACUGAUAGCCAUUCUCGCCAAGGUUCUCGUUCCGGGCACAAGAAACGUCUUCAGGCUGCCCGGCAGCACGGCCGUUUGAGUAUAGACGAUAUCAGCAUCCACCCCGCCAGUUUUCGACAGGAGAUCAUCGCCGCUACCAAACCCCCGGUCGAUGAUGGAUCCAGCAGCGACAGUAAUACUGAGGAUGAAAGUGCGCUCCUUGACGGGCCUGCUCAGGAGGAGCAGCCAUUGCUUGAGCAAAGCGGAGAUGCUGUGAUUCCGGAAGAGGCGGAACCUGCGCAUACUCAUGGGAAACGGUCUAGGCGCAACUCGGUCGUUCACAUUUCGCAUAAUCACAACAAGCCAAAGAAGCCUGGAAAGAAGCACGGCCACAGUCACGCCGAUAUGGGAAUGGACGCCAUGGUCCUUCACGUACUGGGAGAUGCGCUUGGAAAUGUGGGUGUCAUUGCGACCGCGCUCAUCAUUUGGCUGACAGACUGGAGCGGCAAGAGAUACGCUGAUCCAGCGGUUUCUCUAUUCAUUACGCUCAUCAUCCUCAAAUCGGCCAUUCCUCUCACCAAGGCGACAUCCAAGGUUCUUCUUCAGGCCACGCCAGAAAACAUCGACCUGCAAGAAGUCAAGGAGGAUAUCCAGUGUCUUCCCGGGGUUGUCAGCUGCCACCACGUCCAUAUCUGGCAGCUCUCUGAUACCAAGAUCGUGGCCUCGAUGCAUAUCAAGGUCGCCUUCCCUCUCUCCGAGGCUGGUGGCGCGAGAUACAUGGAGGUGGCUAAGAUGGCUAGGAAAUGCUUGCACGCCUACGGUAUUCACAGCGCUACGAUCCAACCAGAGUUCUGUUUGGAUGAGGGGCAUGACCACGAAUCGGUGGUGAAUAUGGGGUUGGAUGGCUCAACAGUUAUCGCGGCGCCAAGGUGUGGAGAGCUAGAAGAGGAGGAUGCGUGCCUCCUGGACUGUGUUGAUGACUGUGUUGGGAAGGGGUGCUGCAACACUUCUGCAGCUGGAUCACGACCAGAAAGCAGCCAUUCUCACUCACACUCGGAUCACGAUCACAGCCAUGAUCACGGCCAUGAACAUCGCCAUUAGGACUGGCUGUUCAGACGGAGCGCAUCAUCAGGGUCGGAGGCGUCGAGCGUGACGCAUGUGGAAUCUACGUCUGGGGGUUCAUUCACUGCGUACCGAGAUUAGUAGUGGUGUGUAUUUUUCUGUCUUGUUAUUAUAUAAGGAAUUACCCCAGGGAUUACAUG